AUGAUAUCGGAUCUUGGAAUAUCUAAAUCUACAUCACAAAAAUCUUCAAUAAUACCAUCAUUACCCUAUAUAGAUCCAAACUUUUUAUCAUCUUCAACAUACCCUCGUGAUAAACAUUCCGAUAUUUAUUCAUUAGGUAUACUAAUGCAUGAUGUAACAAGUGGUAAAAAACCUUUCGAAAAUUUACCAUAUAAUGAACCUUUAGCAAUAAGAUUAUUUGAAGGACUAAGAUUAAGACCAAUAGGUGGUACACCUCUUGAAUUAGUAGAUUUAUAUGAACAAUGUUGGGAUGUAGAUGCAAAUAUUCGACCAACAAUUUCCGAUGUUUUAGCUAGAUUAGGAAGAUUAAAAUUUGAACCUGUUUGGGUUGAUAAAGAUGAAAUUAUUCAUAAUGGUGGAAAAAAGAGUUUUAAUGUAGAAUUUAAUGACGAUAUUAAAGGCGUUAUUUUAGAAAGUAAACAUACUUUUGGAACUGGUAGUGUUACUUUCUCUAAUGGAAAUAUUAGUUCUAAAGACAUUGAAAUUAAUGAAAGUGAAAUUUAUGGCGAAGAAGAAGAAGUUGAAAGUAA